AUGUCUUUUGUAAGAAGGUCGGAAAAGUACGGCGCGGGCUUCUUCGUCAACGUCGAGGGGAUGCACCACCUUCACUGCUUGAACUUGGUUCGGAAAUCCCUUUACUACAACUACGACUACUACAAGAAGAUGGGCACGCACGCUUUCGCCAACGAGGAGCACAUCGUUCGUCUUCAUGUCUCACAUUGCCUAGACACCAUCAGGCAAGUCCUGGUCUGCAACGUUGAUACCGGUGUUCUGGGCCAGGUCUGGGCCAGCGACCCCCCGGCUCCUUUCCCCGACUUCAACACUAAGCACAUGUGUAAGAACUACGGGGCGAUACAAGAAUGGGCAGAGAAGCUUCAAGCUCCUCCCGUCGAUACCCUCCCGGGCGACUAUACUGCACCUCCCGAACCAAGUGAUGUUCUGCCCACAACACCAUGA